AAUGGUAAAGGCCACUGUCCCCCUCCCUCUAACCAUUAACCAGCAGAAAAGCUGGCAAAUAAGAUUUAGUGGACAGUCUCCCCGACGCCUUACUGUACUUGCGCUAGGAUCCCAGGCAGCAGAACAGAGCGAGUGGGAACAGCGUGAGCCCACUGCAGACCGUGAGUCAUCCCAGAGAGCACUCUGUGCUUCCUGCCCCUGCCUGUGCCCACACCCCACCGCCUCCGCCUGCUGCACUCCAGAACGCAGCAACGCCUGCAGCGUUUUUGUGUAAAUUGGGCCUGACCAUCCUGGACAAUGCUACCUGCCCUGUACACCUGUGUCCUCUGGCUUUCCACCAGCAGCCUCUGGGCUGUCCAGGCACAGGACCCCAAUGCUCCUAUGAAUUCAUGGAGUCCUCACCGAGGCCUGGCUCCAACUAAUGUGGACUUUGCCUUCAACCUGUAUCAGCACCUCAUGGCUUUGGCUCCUGAUAAGAACAUCUUCAUCUCCCCAGUGAGCAUUUCCAUGGCUUUGGCCAUGCUGUCCCUAGGUGCCAGGGGCCAUACGCAGACCCAGCUUCUCCAGGGCCUGGGCUUCAACCUCACAACAACAUCUGCAGCAGAGAUCCACUCAGGCUUCCGGCACCUCCAUCACCUCUUCGAGCAGUCAGAUACCAGCUUGGAGAUGAACAUGGGUAAUGCCAUGUUUCUUGACCAUUGCCUGAAGCUACUGGACUCAUUCUCAGCAGACAUCAAACACUACUAUGAGGCAGAGACCUUGGCUGCCAAUUUUCAGGACUGGAACCAAGCCAGAAGACAGAUCAUCGACUAUGUGCAGAAUAAGAUGCCGGGGAAAAUUGAAGAUGUGUUCUCAAACCUGGAAAAUCCAGCCACCCUCAUCCUAGUCAACUACAUGACCCUCAAAGGAACAUGGGAACAUCCCUUUGACCCAGAAAACACCAGAGAAGGGGACUUCUAUGUGAAUGAGACAAGCACAGUCAAGUUGCCCAUGAUGUUCCAAUCAAGCACCAUCCAUUACCUUCGUGACUCAGUGAUCCCUUGCCAGCUGGUACAGAUGAAUUAUGUGGGAAAUGGGACUGUCUUCUUCAUCCUUCCAGACCAGGGGCAGAUGGACACAGUCAUCACUGCACUGAACCGGGACACAAUACAGAGGUGGUCCAGGCUUCUGGCUCCAAGGCAGGUAAACCUGUACAUCCCCAAAAUCUCCAUCUCUGGCACCUAUGACCUUGAACGUGUGCUGGUAGACAUGGGCAUUGCAGAUUUGUUCACCAACCAGUCAGAUUUCUCAGGCAUCACUCAGGACGCUCCACUGAAGAUAUCAAAGGUGAUCCACAAGGCCGUGCUGCAGCUUGAUGAGGACGGUAUAGGACCUGCUGUCACCAGAGGGGUCCCCCUAAGCCUGGCAUCUGACCCACUCACCAUCAGCUUCAACCAGCCCUUCAUCAUCCAGGUUUUUGACCACUUCACGUGGAGCAGUCUGUUCAUGGGCAAAGUUGUGAAUCCAGCCUGAGAGUGUGGUGCCCUAUGACUUUGGAGAGGUGGAAGUCUUCCCCAAAUCUUCUCCCCAGCCCAACCAGUUGCCCCCACUUUUAAUAAAUAACAGU